CAGUUGUCUUCCCAAAGGCAGAGAAUUAUACUAUAUAGUUUUGAAAUUAACAACCACGCAUAAUACUCAAUAAUCCGCUUGACAAGUCAUUGGCCACAUAUGGCAGAAAAUCCGUUGUUCAAAAGUGAUAUAUAUGCAAAUUAAUUCAAACCGCCUCUCACUUUUACAACAGCCACAACGACAUCAAACACAAAGAGAAUGAACGAGCGAUUUCAUUGAUGCAUAUCGGAGAUUAGUGAGCGGUGUUUAAGGGAAGUUUUAGAACAUGGCUUGCUUUGAUCACGGAAGAAAGUAAGUGGCGAUGUCAUAUAGUUAUGUUGAUUGCCACUGUAGAUACUAGUUUGAAGGCGAACGAAGGCCAUGGUGUGCUAGGAGUCGAACAUGUUAUCAUCCUAUUUGCUAGUGCGAUAUCCCUAGUUAGCGUCGUAACUGUAUGCGGCUGGUGUCGACGACUGUUCCAAAAAUCCGGAAACAACAACGGCAGCUACGAUGAGAGUAUAGUGGACAGUUUAAAGAACCAAACGCCUGCAGGUAGAAACCUUUCACUCGUGCGAUCAUCGCCUAGUUUGUCUAGCUCGGACGACAGCGUUUCGCGAUUAAGCUCGCCCGGCCAUGGUCGAAGAACGAUCCGAUUCCCGAGCCCACCGGAAGUCGGAGUCGACGUGCUGGCCAUCCAACCUGAGAAGCACAGGCCUGCCGACAUCAUCAUCCCGCCAGAACCCGCUUUGCCCGAUCCAACACGUAAGGAGUACUUGGGACAAAUAUUCUUCUCGUUGAAAUACGAUUCGCAAACCAUGACCUUGGGUGUGAAAAUUAUGAAAGCUACGAAACUACCGGCUAAGGAUUUCAGCGGCACCAGCGAUCCGUUUGUAAAGAUAUGCCUCCUGCCGGACAAAAAACAUAAAAUGGAAACUCGAGUCAAAAGAAAGAACUUGAAUCCUGUUUGGAACGAGUAUUUCAUGUUCGAGGGUUUUCCGUAUAAUAAGUUGAUGCAAAGAACGUUGUGUCUUCAAGUGUUAGAUUACGAUAGGUUUUCAAGGAACGAUCCAAUAGGAGAUGUAAGAUUAUCAUUAGAGAAUUUGAACCUAGGACCCGAACCAAUUGUGCUGUCAAAGGAACUACAGCCUUCGUCUAAAGCGGAAUAUCUUGGUGACUUACUACUAUCAAUGUGUUAUCAACCGACAGCAAAUAGAAUCAAUAUUCUUGUGAUGAAGGCUGCGAGACUUAAAGCUAUGGAUAUUACAGGGAAAACAGACCCGUACGUGAAGAUCUACUUCAUGCAAGGCGGGAAGCGAAUCGAGAAGAAGAAGACCACGAUAAAGAAACGAAACAGGGAUCCAGUUUGGAACGAAUCGUUCAUUUUCAACGUAAGUGUAGAAAAACUUCGUGACACUAGUUUUAAUUUCAUCGUCAUGGAUUACGAUAGGAUAACACAGAAUGAAGCCAUUGGGCAAGUGACUUUGAGCUAUCGCUCUACAGGAGCAUCACUUCAUCAUUGGACAGAAAUGAUGAACAACCCUCGUAGACCAAUCGCAAAAUGGCAUAAAAUCCAGGAAGUCUAGGGCUGCUGCCGUGCUCCGUACCAAUAAUGUUAAUAUAUACACUGGUUAUAGAUAUUUAAUUUACUUGAACACUGCAAGCUAUUCAGGAUAUUUAAGGAGGGACUGCCCUUUAAAAGCUGUAUACCUUGAACUCCAAGUGGUGAUGGGUUGUUGCAUGUGUAUUCAUGUUCAGAACAUUAUAUCUCAUUAUAUCUAUAUCUCAAAGUAGAUUAUUAUCUGCAUGUUGUGACUCAUCUCUUUUGUCUCAGAUAUUUUUACACAAAUUUCGAGUCUAAACAUGCAAUAACCCAUCAUCUCUCACGCACUCAAGGUUCAAAGUUUUGAAAGGACAACUUUUACUGAAUUAUAGCAGUUAUAGUGAAAUGCCAAGCGGAAGUUCAUACUCUUCGCUGAAGUUGAAAAAGGGAUUUAAUACAAAAUCUAAUCAAAAACGCUUCUUACAAAACAUGAAAAUCAGGAAUCCUAGAAAUAUAUCCAGCGCCAGUCGUUUUAGUUCCGCGAGGCAGAUUUGAGAUAGAGUAAGACAUUUUAAUAGAAAAAUUUCACUAACAUUACCUUACACAAUAUUUAAAGUUUAACACAUCCCAGAUGUUAUUGUUCGUGUGGGGCUACAGCCUACUUGCAUAAGCAGCUAUUCUAUUCUGUACCUAAAAAUCCAAAAACCGCACUAUUGUAUAAAGUAAAUAUUCAAGUAAAUCUGCAUAUAAAAUUAUUGUGAAACGAUCACAGGAUAAGUAAGCACUAAGGAAAUGUGUGUGUACGUUAAAAUUGCAAAGGGGUGGAAUAAGUGUGCUAUAUUAUAUGACCAAAUAUUAGGUAAACACGGAAAUUGUAAUUUAUAUGCAAUAGUAAUUUCAUGCACUAUGUGUUUUAUGUAAUAUAUAAUUAUCUGAUAACUACGGCAGACGUAUAUUUAAAGUGUAUGCAAUGCAGAGAUAUUUUUGAAUGGUGUAAAUUUGAAAUCAUCUUUGAUUAUAUUUAUAUA